GAGAAAGGGGAUCCACACACCAGCUAGGAGGGAAGGAGUGCAGAAGGUUAUAAAACUCAGGGACAGAGUGGUGCAUUUUCAUUUUUGGUCUAGAGGAAAAUUGGUUGGAGUCUACCAGUCCUUCUGGGUUAAAUCCUGUUUUGAUCAGGAAAAGGCAAUCCCUCUCUGGAUGAGCAUGAAGUGGAUGAGGAGCCACAAGAGAAAUUCCAGCAAGCAGCAGUAAAGCAGCCUGAUUUAUCACUCUUCAAUUGCUGUGUGAUCCUGGACAUCAGAGUCGAGAUGGGCAAUGAGAGCAGCAGUGCAGAGAAUGAGAACACUCCACAAGACUCAGAAUUAGGCCAACCUCCUGGUAAUGGCCACAAUUUAAAAAGGAGCCCUCAGAAAAUGAUCACAGAAGAAUCUGGAGGUCAGGACAUCUCAGAUCCUCUUGCUGCUGCUGUGCCACUGGCUGAGAGCUUGUCCCCCUCCAUUCCAGGGAAUACAAGCAUCGGUAAGGAAGGCAUCAGUAGCCACAGUGCUGAAGAGCCACCCAGCCCAAAUUCCAACCCAAAUUGCAGCAUGGUGCCUCCAGAGGGGACGGGACAGAGCACUGCCUUGCAAGAGCAAGGGGCACAAACAGACUCUGACUUCUUAAAGCGCUCUGCUGAAGCAAGGGAGAGGAGCCUGCCUGUCACAGACUGUGCCAAAGGACCUGUCACAGGCAGCAGGGACAAAUUACACAGCCCAGACUGUGACAGAGCACAGCCAGCACCAGGGAAUGACAAAGAAGAGGGAUUAGCACAUGCUGGAUCUGUGGACAGCGCUGCUGCCUCCUCUACCAAAACCUGUGAGAAUGAGCCCAGAAUCCCAGCCCUGCAGCCCAGCCCUGCAGCAGCACUCAUGGAAAUGCAAGCAGCCACACAAAUGGGUUUGGGUGAAUUAGGAUCUCUCCAGAAGGACGAGCAGCUGGGUGGCAUCAGGGAGCCACAUGUCAGCUGGGUUCCCCAGGGUGAAGCAGCAGGAGAUUAUUGCACUGCUCAGGAGCCCGAGCAGGAGAGAGGAGUUUUGGAAGUAGGUCAGCUGCAGGCAGAAAUGCAGCAAGGUAGACAGAACACAGAUGGUGGAGAGGGUCUGCUAAUGAAAAAGGAAACAUUAAUCCCAAAUUAUCCAGCAACAGGAGGCUCAGACAGUGAAAAAUUUGGAGCAAUUGUGAAUGCUCAGGGCUUCGCUGAGAUCUGGAAUCUACAGAUGGGGGCUGAAACAGCAGUUGAAGGGAGUGAGGCAAAUCCAGCUCUAUCUGGGAAGCAAUCAGAACCCUGCACUUUAACGUCAGAGUUGCCUUCUAGCCCUCCCAAUCUCUUCCUGGUACCAAAGCCUGAAGAGCCUUUGAGGGAAUCUGUGCCUGGAAAUGGCUCUCAAGAUCCAGCCAGGAGUGAAGCAGUGAAAACAGCCUCUGAAAAAAACAAACCCCUUUUUCAAAGAGAGCUUCAAAAGGAGGAUGAGCUUGUUAGUGCUGAGCAUUUCAGUGUGCCUUUAUCAUUUGAGAGAGAGGAAGAAGAAAAAUCAGCUGUCACAACUGAAAGCCCAAAAGAAGCCAAUAGCAAUGAAAUUAUAAAAGCUGAUGUGUCUAGAGAAAGCACCACACUUUCUGAAACAGAAAGCAUUAUUAGUCCCACUAAAGAAAAUUCCCUGGUAGAUAAAAGGAUAUUACUGGAAGAAUAUGCAUUAAGUGCUUCUUUGAGCACAUCCACAGAGCUGUAUCAAAAAAAUGUAGCAGGAAGAAAAAAUGGAAUCAGAACAGAAGAUGCACAAAUGUCAGAAACCAGUGAAUUACCUGAGGGCUUGAGUGGGGCAGGAAGACAAUUUUUGAGCUCUGUUAGUAGCCACCAUCAGGACAUGGAAAAUACCCACUUGGAACACCAUCCUGAAAAAUUCAGCCUUUGUGAAAACAUUUCAACAGGUGACCUGGGACAAGAAGGUGGGGGAAAGCCUCUGAAUUUAGACACCAACUUGAAAUCACCCAAAGGCAAUUCCCAGUCUCGUGGUUGUGAACCUGAACAAGAAAUGAGCACAGAGAAAGCAGCUGGAGAUGGGCUGGAGAACAAGCUGGCAGGGGAGGAAUGCCCACGGAGUUCUGGUUGCUUUAACACUGAGGCUGAAGGCAAAUCGUGGGACCAGUCAGGCUGCAACAGCACUGAAAAGGUUUGUUUAGAUGGUGCACACAGUUCAGUGCCCCUCCACCCUGGGAACAAUCAUAUUAAGCAGAGUAAGCAGGAUGAAUCCUGGGAAAAGGCUUUUGCUAGAGAAGCUGUGUUGGAAUCUGAACACAAAGCUGAGAGCUCCAGCAAGCCAGGAGAAAGUGCAGAAAUGCCUGAAUUAAAACUUGAUCUCCAGGCAUUAAAUGAGUUGGCAGAGACUAUGGGACAAAGCAAGGAGGCCUCACAGGCUCUGGAAACCAAAGAACAGAACAGUCACAUCACCAAAGCACCUCAGAGAGAUCCAGAGCAGGAGCCUGCAGCUGCACACAGCAGUGCUGGGGAUGGAAAUCAGAAUGAAGGUGUUCAACAAGAGAAGCACCAAAGUGCAGUGAGAAGUUCUGAGGAGGAUGAAGAUUUGGCUCAGGAAAGUAAAUUGGAUGUGCAAACUCAGCUGGAGGAAGUGGCUGCAGAAAGUCACAGAAAUACACAAAUGACUCCUUCAGAACAUCCCAAAACUGCAGCCAGCACUUCAGGACUUACUGAUCACCAAGGUCACAUGGAGGAGAGGGGUGACAGCCACGUCCCUGCAAAGAGCUGCCCCUCUGAGAGGGACACGUGCAGCCCUUCGGAGCUGCUGGGGCGCCGUGUCCCAGAGGGGCAGGAAAAUGAAGGUGUUCCAAGUGUUCCAGCAGCUCCUCCCCAACCACAGCAAGCAGAGCAGUCUGUGCCUGCUGCUGGUGACAGUGGCUGGAGCUCAAACACAGAGCAGGAGCAGCAGAGCAGGCUGGCAGCUGUCAGGAGAGCAGAUGGCCAGCAGCCCAAAGGAGGGGCACCACAACCUGGGCACUUGGACCCCAGCAAUCACAGCAACCCACCACAAAUACCUCUGGACAUCUCACAGCACCCUGUGCCAGCUCCUGCACCACCCCAGUGUGGCUCUGAUGGGCCAAAAGAGCAGGACAAGGGUGACAGCAGCUCUGAGGAUGUGAGCAAACACGGGCAAAACACUUCUGGUGUGACUGUGCUCCGUUUGCGAGAUGGCAACGAGCAAAACAAAACCCAUCUCACGGCAGAAGAGAAGUGCUGCAGUCAGCAAAACUCAGGCAAGCCCGAGCAGGGUGAUAAUUCUUUGAUCUCAGCGAGGCAGCAUGAAGCUGCUUGUCAGAGAGACACGUUUGGUAAAGCACUUGAAAAGAAUCAGCAGCCAGGCAGUGUGUGCAGGGGAGAGGAUAAUGCUGGUGAAAGCUCUGCUGCUGCUGUAAACACUCUUCCAGGGACACAGGAUUCAGCAAGUGCCACUAACAUAUCACAGGCUUUGCCAAGCAACACAGAAAUAGCACAUACUUCUGAUAAUUCUGAGAAAAAUGAUCCCCAAAUGUCUCGUCCAGAAAUGCAAAGGAAAAUGCCAUUAAUGGCAAAAAACUCAGAAAAUAUUCUGACUGCUGAUGGGGGAAUCACCCUGAAAGAUGGAAGCAUGGGGAUGAGCUGUGAGGACAGUGCUUCUGUCCCAGAAACAAGCAAUAUAAAGCCUGAUACAAGUCCAGGGGCUCAAGGAGCUCCUUCACCAUUACAGGCACAUAGGGAAGUGAUUCCCACUGAUAACUCACAUAAAUCCAGCUGCAUUCAAAAUGCAACAGAGCAACCUGAUUAUCAUCAAGCAGAUUUUACAAUUUCUGCACUCAGCCAUCCCAGCCAGCAACCUGGAAACAACAUGGACAAGGGUACUGGGAGGGAAUCACUAAAUGAUGAGCUGGAAGUUGUAGCUUCCCAAAACACCUUGAAAGGUAACUCUAAUUUGCAGGGUCCCCCAGGUCCUCAGGUGUCAGAACCCUUAGGUCCUUCACCCAGUGUAAACACAGGUAAAGCAGCAAAUUCAGAAAAUAGCUCUGCAGGAAAUAUAUGUGUAAGUGAAAAGGAAUGUCCAGACCAAAGUUUUCAAGGUGAUGGAGAGAGAAUUUUUGCCCUGUCAGAGACUCUGAAUGUAGGGCAGAGAACUGGAAACUUAUCACAUUUCAACUCUGAGAAGCUGAAGAAAGAGAUCUCUGCAAUUAAAUCCAAAAACACAAAAAGUGAGCUAAACUUCAAAGAACAGCAAAGUGACAGUUCAGCAGAGUCUCUGUUAGCACUCCCUACUCCAGAAGGGAAGCUGCUGAGCCUUUCAUCAUCACAAGAAGGCUGUAAUGAGGAAAUUGCAACCAAUAUCUGUGCAGAUGACAGGUACGGUAAGAUCUUAGAGAAACCUGGGAAUUCAGAAAAAAUGGAAGAGCUUUCAAAACAGAAUAACAACAUAACCAGGGCAGACAUCAGUGUUUCUGAGCAGUCUGCAGAGAACUCUGGAAGGGAGCAUGAGGCUCUGACUUGCAGCUCUCUGGACAUUGGCUCCAGCAUCCCGGACUUCAGGGAGCACAUCAGCCAGAUUUUUAAAAAAACUGUCCACAGCACACUGAGUGCUGAAUUACCCCAACUUUUGACUGAAAACCAUGCAGGCUUCAAGCAGAGUCCAGUGGCCAAGGACCCAGCAGAACUCUGUGGUGCAGAGAACUUUUCAGAACCAAACAAGGUGGGCAAAGGAGCUCCCGAGGGCAGCGCAGAAGCAGAGGGACGAGAGUUGCCUUUAGCUGAGAUUUCCUGCAAAGCUGCCGAGGGCAAAUCUCUGCAACAAGAAAACACAGUGGCAGAGCUGCCACCAGCAAGUCUCCAGGACACUGAGGAAAGCAGGCAGCCCGCUGGCUGUUUAGAAGUGGUCCCUAGCUUGGAUGGCGCUCCAUCUGCUGAACAAGCUCUGGAAAAUCUGCAAAAGCCGGGCAAGCCCACUGAGAGCAGUGGGAUGGAAAGAGAGGAAGGCGUGUGUGCUGGUGGCGUGGAGCCUGAAUCACUAAUAGGCUUAGAGAUAAAGAGGCAAGGACCAGCUUCAUCUGAUGGGGCAGCAGCUGAGAACUUCCCUGCGUAUUCCGACAGCCAGCAGCAGCCCAGCAGAGCUGUUAUCUCUGCAGGUGAACAGGGCAGCCAUGUAGAAGAUGCUGCUGCCACAGAGGGAAAUAACUUAAUUACAGAGUGCAAUGCAGAACCAGUUUCCUCUGAAAAGGAUGUAGGUCUUCCUGCUGCACAGUGCCUGGAUCCUAAGCCAAAUGAACAGGAGAAAAGUGAGUACGGUGAUGCGGACGUUGCCAGGAGCGUCUCUGACAUGGCAUCUUCAACACUUGUCCCAGGAGGAUCUUACAGCCAUCAAAAAUUGCCAGACAAUUUCAGUGUGUCACCUGAGGAAAAUCAGGAGGCAAAGAUUCACAGCGAUUUCGUGCCUGGCAUUAGGUCUCAGAGUGACACACAGAUGAUACAGGACGAAGCAGUGAACAGGGAAUGCUUGGAAACAUCGGGAAAUUCUCAAGAUGCACAGAAAGAAAAAAGAGUGAGCAUGCAUGGGUUAAUAGAUUACUUAAAAACUGAAGUAAGCCAGGAUGAUUGCUUGCAAAGGGACUGUAAACUAGAAUCUGGCAGUCUGACAGAGGGAGACGUGAAAGAGAGCAGUGACACAGUGCUAGGCACAGCAAGGACAGGUCAUGAAAAAAGUGGAGACAUCCCUGAAACUGGAACUGCAAGGAUGUUAGUCACUGCUGAGGGAGACUUAGCUAUAAACACGAGCACUGAAGAGCAGGAGGCAGACCUGUACAAAAAUCACUCCCCAGCCCUCCCUGUGAUGGAGCAGGGUGAGCAUUCUGCACGUGCAGCUCUCGCUGCUGCUGAAAAUCAGCCAAGCAAGAUGAAUUCAGAACACAAAAUCUCCCUCCAGGAUGCCAAAGGAAAGCUAUCACCGCUUGCAUUAACUGAGCCUAAGAGCCUUCACCUCAGUGAACCUCAGGACAUGGCUGUGGCAGGAUUACCCACUGAAAGCCCUCCUGGGCCAGGUGAUGAUAAUCAGUUGGCCUCUGCCCUCGAUCCCUGUGAGCAUCCCUUAGCUGUGUCUGCAGCCUUUGGAAAUGCUGUGCCGGUGGGAGCUGCCGAGCUGACUGCAGCCAGCUCUUCCAAGCCUGACAGCUGCAAAGGAGUUGAUAACCACUCUUCUGAGGAUGUUCCUUUGGCUGUGGCCCCUGGUGAUGGUGUAGAGCUGCCUGCUGAAGAAAGCAAAGGUUUCACAGGGGAAAAAAAAAGGAGCUCUGACUCUGAAGAAGCAUUUGAGACCCCAGAGUCCACUACACCUGUCAAAGCACCACCUUCACCUCCACAGCCACCCCCUGAAGCAGCAGCAGCAGCAGCAGCAGCAGUUGUUGCAGACGUAGCAGAGCAGGAAAUAAAACCUCAGCUGCCCGUGGAAGAUACAGGACCGUGUUCAGAAGCUGAGCCCGUCACCGAUGUGUCACACAGUGAGCCAGUCCAGGAGAGCCCUUUCCGUCCCCCUUGCCAUUCCUUCUCCACCGUCUUCGACGAGGACAAGCCCAUAGCCAGCAGUGGAACCUACAACUUGGACUUUGAUAACAUUGAGCUGGUCGAUUCUCUCCAUGCCUUAGGGCCGAGCUCUGCAGAGCCCAAGAGCCGCGACCCCAAAGCAAAUGUCCGCAGGAAAUCCACGGACUCGGUCCCAGUCUCCAAAUCCACGUUGUCUCGAUCUCUCAGCCUGCAGGCCAGUGAUUUUGAUGGAGCAUCUCACCUCGGCAACAGCGAGGCAUUAGCACCAUCAGCAGAUGUGUAUGGCACUGGUUCCAGCAGCGCUUCCAGUACCCUCAAGAGAACUAAAAAGCCCAGACCAGCUUCCGUAAAAAAGAAGCAGUCAGCCAAAAAACCUCUGGAUGCUCCACUGGUGAAGGAAACCCCACAAGAACCGCCUGAGCUUGAGCAAGCAGCUUGUGAGGAUAAAGCACCUGAGGUGAAGGCUGACUCAGCAAAGCCCGAAUGUACUGAACCUUCCAAAAUCUCUGCUGAGAAAGAGGAGGCCCCGCCCGUGCCUGAAGGAUCCGACCCUUCGGAUCCCGACCGUUUCGAAGGGAUUAGUGCAUUUAGCUCCGGGGGCAGCAAAGUGCAGAACUCUCCCCCUGGCAGCAGGAAAACGCUGCCCCUCACCACGGCCCCCGAGGCUGGGGAGGUGACUCCGCCCGACACCGGGGGACAGGAGGACCCUCCCGCCAAAGGCCUGGCGGUCAGGCUGGAGUUUGAUUAUUCUGAGGAGAGAGGGGGGAGCGAAGAGCAGCAGGAGAGCGCUCCUCCUCCCAGAAAAGCAGGGAAAAAGCCUGGUGCUAAAAUGCCGCUACGGAGGCCAAAGACUAAAAAACCGGUGGAGAAGCUUGACAAUGCUCCAAGCACCCCAACCAAGUCGCCCACUGAUCCAAACGAAAUCCCCAUCACCAAGGGCUCCUACACCUUUGACAUCGACAAGUGGGACGAUCCCAAUUUUAACCCCUUCUCAUCCAGUACAAAAAUGCAGGAAUCGCCCAAACUGCCUCAGCAAACGUACAGCUUCGAGCCGGACAUGUGUGAGGACUCCAUUGACCCUUUCAAGUCUUCUUCUAAGAUAGCCAGCUCGCCUUCCAAAUCUCCAGCUUCCUUUGAGAUCCCAGCCAGUGCCAACGAAACCAACGGGACGGAAGGAGACAGCCUGAACAAACCUGCCAAGAAGAAGAAGACGCCACUAAAAACGAUGGUAGAAGAUGUGAUGUCUGUAUGUUCUCUGUUUGAUACAUUUAGGGUGAAAAAAUCACCAAAAAGAUCCCCACUAUCAGAUCCUCCUUCUCAGGAUCCUACUCCACUGCCAACUCCAGAAACACCUCCUGUCAUCUCCACGGUGGUUCACGCCACGGACGAGGAGAAGCUGGCGUCCUCCGUGACGGGGCAGAAGUGGAGCUGCAUGACCGUGGAGCUGAGCACGGACAAGCAGGACUACCCACAGCCCUCUGACCUGUCCACCUUCGUCAACGAGAGCAAGUUCAGCUCUCCCACAGAGGAAUUGGAAUGUGGCAACUCAUAUGAAAUAGAAUAUAUGGAGAAAAUAGGCUCCUCUGUGCCUCAGGAUGAUAGCACCCCGAAGAAGCAGUCCUUGUACCUAAUGUUUGAUGCCCAGCAGGAGAGCCCAGUGAAAUCACCUCCCAUCAGAUUGUCUGACUCCACAUCUCCCUGCUCAGGGUCAAGUUUUGAAGACCCUGAAGGCCAGCAGUCUUCUGGCAUGAAAAUACCACACCCAGCUUCCCGAGUGCUAGCUGCCAGCCAAGAGGCACAUUUACAGUCCUCUGACAAGGGCAAGCAGAAAGAGCUGGAGCCCAUGACUCUAGGAACAACUCCAGAGGCUAUUGAAAUUACAUCUCCUGAAGACUCCUUUGUCUCUGCUGAUGCUCUUCUCAAUAGGAUAUCUAAGAAAGCCUCAAUAUGUGAUCAGCCUGAAUAUCUAGAUCCUGACCUAGCAGAAAAGAACCCCCCAGUAUUUGCUCAAAAACUUCAGGAGGAGCUAGAGUUUGCUGCCAUGAGGAUAGAAGCGCUGAAGUUAGCCAGGCAGAUUGCCCUCUCCUCUUUGCGCUCCAAGAGAGAGGCUGCUAUCCCAGCAGAUGUUUCCAUCUCCAAAAGUGCACUGUACUCCCGCAUCGGCGCCUCGGACGCCGAGAGCACCGCGGCUCUGCUCUACCCCCAGCAGGACUUGGACUCUGCCCUCCGGCUCGCCAGAGCAGAGAUUGUGGCCAAGGAAAGGGAAGUAUCUGAGUGGAAAGAGAAAUACGAAGAAAGCAGAAGGGAAGUGAUGGAAAUGAGAAAAAUAGUUUCGGAAUAUGAGAAGACGAUUGCUCAGAUGAUAGAGGAUGAACAGAGAGAGAAAUCUGUCUCCCACCACACUGUUCAGCAGCUCAUAGUGGAGAAGGAGCAAGCUCUGGCUGAUCUGAACUCAGUGGAGAAAUCCCUGGCAGAUCUUUUCAGGAGAUAUGAGAAGAUGAAAGAAGUCCUGGAGGGGUUUCGGAAGAAUGAAGAAGUGUUGAAGAAAUGUGCACAGGAAUAUUUGUCACGAGUGAAGAAGGAAGAGCAGAGGUAUCAGGCACUCAAAAUACAUGCUGAGGAAAAACUGGACAGAGCCAAUGCUGAAAUUGCACAAGUGAGAGGCAAGGCCCAGCAGGAGCAGGCAGCGUACCAGGCCAGCCUUCGGAAGGAGCAGCUCAAAGUGGAUGCCUUGGAGAGAACACUGGAACAAAAGAAUAAAGAGAUUGAAGAAUUAACAAAGAUUUGUGAUGAACUGAUUGCCAAAAUGGGGAAAAGCUAACUUUUAACCAAAUUUCUGGACUUCAAUAUUGAGUGCAAUAUGACCAUUGGCACACUGAUGUCCAUACAUUUAUGUGGACAGGUUAUAUUUUCACUUUUUCGUAUGCACUACUGUAUUUUCUUUCUAAAUAAAGUUGAUUUAAUUGUAUGCAGUA